AUGGUUGCAGACGAUACAACACCAGCCCACCAACGGCCCAAUAACGACAGCGGCUUUGCAACAAAUAAAAUGGCCCAGCCGUCAGAUGCUGUGCCGCAAGGUGCCAAAGCCGACGGCCAGAAGCAAUUCUACAUCUUUGGCCACAACAUAUCACACUCUCUAUCACCGACACUUCAUAACGCCGGCUUCAAAGCUCUGAACCUGCCACAUCACUACCAAAUCCACGAGAGCGAGAAUGUUGAUGAGUCAGUUGAGAGCAUAAUUCAACGACCCGACUUUGGCGGCGCAUCUGUCACGUUUCCACACAAGCUACAGAUCGGAAAGUUGUUGGGAUCACUCUCUCCAAGAGGAGAGAGCAUUGGAGCUAUCAAUACCGUUGUUGUCACUGAAUUCAAUGGUGAAAGAGUGCUUCAUGGCGACAACACGGACUGGAUAGGUAUCAAGAGAUGUGUUGAGAAGUCUGGAGCUCGAGACUUUGCUUCUGCGUCAGCUCUAGUGCUGGGUGCUGGAGGUGCUGCUAGAGCGGCAUGCUACGCUGUCCAGACCCUCGGCUUUGGAGAGCUCAUUGUCGUCAACAGGACUUUGAGCAAGGCUGAGGAUCUAGCGUCAAGGUUUCCAGACCUCAAGACCCGGGCAUUUACAACACUGAAGGAGGCUGCCACUGCAAAGGAUGCUCAGAUCAGGUUUAUCGUUGCCUGUAUACCGGCUGACGAUCUUGGAGCUGAGAAGAUUCCCAGUAGCUUGUUCUCAGGAACUGGAGAUGGAGUGCUGGUAGAGAUGGCAUACAGACCGCAAGUAACAGGAAUGAUGACAGUCGCUGAGCGAUAUCCUGGCUGGAAGGUGUACAGGGGCGUUGAUGUUCUGGAGGAGCAGGCAUAUGCCCAAUUCGAGUUGUGGACCGGAAAAGAAGCUCCGAUUGAGGCUAUGAGAGGUGCUAUGCAAGCGAAGCUAAAGGAGAAAGCUUGA